AUGUCGACAGCUUCGAUUAGCUCCUGCUUCAACAAGACUGUCCGUGAGCAUUACAUGAGGCUACCCCAAGGGGACAAAUGCCAGGUGACUUAUAUCUGGAUUGAUGGAACUGGAGAAGGACUUCGCAACAAAACCCGGACCCUGGAUAGCGAACCAAAAAAUAUAGAUGAAAUUCCUGAAUGGAACUUUGAUGGGUCAAGCACAAACCAGUCAGAGGGCUCCAACAGUGACAUGUACCUCAUCCCAGUGUGCAUGUUCAGAGAUCCAUUCACUCUUGACCCCAACAAAUUGGUCCUCUGCGAAGUUUUAAAAUACAACCGCCUUCCUGCAGAAACAAACCAUCGAAUGAAAUGCAAGAAAGCUAUGGACCAGGUUAAAGAGCACGAGAUAUGGUUUGGCAUAGAGCAGGAAUACACACUCUUCGGGAGUGAUGGCCGUCCGUUUGGUUGGCCUAAAAAUGGAUUUCCUGCACCUCAAGGUCCUUACUAUUGUGGAGUGGGCGCUGACAAAGCUAUUGGACGGGACAUUGUAGAAUGUCACUACAAGGCAUGUCUCUACGCUGGGAUCAAAAUCUUUGGGACAAAUGCUGAAGUUAUGCCAGCUCAGUGGGAGUUCCAGGUUGGUCCCUGCGUAGGUAUUGAAAUAGCAGAUCAAUUGUGGGUUGCACGCUUCCUGUUGCACCGUAUAUGUGAAGAUUUUGGGGUUAUUGCAACUUUGGAUCCAAAACCAAUGAAGGGAAGCUGGAAUGGUGCUGGCGGGCACACUAAUGUCAGCACCAAACAGAUGAGGGAAGAAGGAGGAUUGCAAUACAUUGAGAAGGCUAUCGAGAAGCUCAGCAAAAGACACGCGGAGCACAUCAAGGUGUAUGACCCACACGGUGGUCAGGACAACCUUAGACGCCUCAUCGGUCAUCUUGAGACCUCCAGCAUCACCGAAUUUUCUGCUGGAAUUGCAAACAGAGGCGCUAGCAUCCGUGUUCCUCGCCAGGUGGGCCAAGAAAAGAAGGGCUACUUUGAAGACCGUCGCCCCGCAGCAAACUGUGACCCAUACCUCGUGACUGAGGCCAUCGUAAGAACCUGCCUGCUUGAUGAUGAUCAAGAAGUGAAGUCCAAUUAG